CGAAUCUUUCGCAUCUUACAGAAACUUUUCCUGGUUGCUUUCGCGGUGAUCGCAGCUGUGGCUGCUGAUGUCAGCCAUCUGCCCUCCAACGAGUACCUGCCUCCCGUGCAGCAGGAUUUCCAGACCGUCGCUGCUCCCAGCAACGAGUACCUGGCUCCAGUUGCCAAUGAGGCCAGCUACGCCCAGGUUGGCCAGGGCGACCUUGCCGCCGAUGGAUACCGCUACAAGACCCAGCGUCGCGUUGUGGUCCGCCGCAACCGUCGUGAUGUGAACGAGCUGCCCUCCAACGACUACCUGCCCCCUGUGCAGGAGGAGGCCCAGGUCAUCGCCGCCCCCAGCAACGAGUACUUGGCUCCAGUUGAGGCCCCAAUCCAGCAGGGCAACCUUGCUGAUGAUGGAUACCGCUACAAGACCCACCGUCGCGUCGUCUACCGUCGCAACCGUCGUGAUGUGAGCCAUCUGCCUUCCAACGAGUACUUGCCCCCUGUCCAGGUCUCUGCCCCAGCUCCAUCCAACGAGUACCUGCCACCCGUCCAGGCUGCUGCCCCCGCUCCAGUCCAGUUCGCUGCCCCAGCUCCAGUCCAGAUUGCUGCCCCCGCUCCUGCUCCAGUCCAGAUUGCUGCUCCAGCUCCCGUUGCCAUCUCCGCUCCAAUUCAGGAGGCUGCUCCCGCUCAUGAGUUGGCCGAUGAUGGAUACCGCUACAAGACCCACCGUCGCGUCGUCUACCGUCGCCAUCGUCGUGAUGUCAGCCAUCUGCCCACCAGCGAGUACUUGCCCCCUGAAGCCCAAGUCAUCGCCGCUCCCAGCAACGAGUACUUGGCUCCAAUUGAGGCCCCAAUCCAGCAGGGCAACCUUGCUGAUGAUGGUUACCGCUACAAGACCCACCGUCGCGUGGUCCUCCGUCGCCACCGUCGUGAUGUGAAUGAGCUGCCUUCCAAUGAGUACCUGCCCCCCGUGCAGCAGGAAGCCCAGGUCAUCGCCGCUCCCAGCAACGAGUACUUGGCUCCAGUUGCCAAUGAGGCCAGCUACGCCCAGGUCGGCCAGGGCAACCUUGCCGAUGAUGGUUACCGCUACAAGACCCACCGUCGCGUGGUCCUCCGUCGCCACCGUCGUGAUGUGAAUGAGCUGCCCUCCAACGAGUACCUGCCCCCCGUGCAGCAGGAAGCCCAGGUCAUCGCCGCUCCCAGCAACGAGUACUUGGCUCCAGUUGCCAAUGAGGCCAGCUACGCCCAGGUUGGCCAGGGCAACCUUGCUGAUGAUGGAUACCGCUACAAGACCCAGCGUCGUGUCGUCUUCCGUCGUCGUCAUUAA